GAGAAGGAGGGCAAAGCAGGAGGGCUUGUGGCUCUAUAUAAAGAGGGAAAUCGGAGUGUGACUAGAGGCAGUAUUCUGUUCGGUACUUUGACCUGUAGCUGAAACAGACCAGCACACACUUUGUUCACUGGAUAUAACCAGAGGAAGGAUUUGAUUCCACUUAACAAGAUAAGUAAUGUUGAAGCUCUUGAUGCUGGCCGCCAUCACAGCGCUCCUCCUGUUGACGGAGGGGGGAAUGUCGGCAAGGACUCAGUCCCGCACUAAGAGACAACUGGCCAGCCCGCUGCACCUCAGGGGGAUCCGGGACCCCUAUGGCUCCUACUGCCAGAGGAGAGGAGGUUGCUGCCCCGGCCGAAAUGACCAGUGCACUGUGCCAUACCUGGACACCAUCUGUUACUGCGACCUGUUCUGCAACCGCACCGUGUCCGACUGUUGUCCUGACUUCUGGAGCCACUGCCUGGGAACAACUCCUCCAUAUCCUCCCAGUUCUUGUGAAAGGAAUGGUCAGAGGUUUCACUCAGGAGCAACAUACAAAGAGAACUGUAAUUUAUGCACAUGUGGUCAAAAUGGGCGCUGGGAAUGUGAGCAUCAUGCCUGUCUGAUUGAGGAUGACAUGAUCCAGGAAAUCAACAGGAGAGGUUAUGGUUGGAGGGCCUCAAACUACAGUCAGUUCUGGGGUAUGACGCUGGACGAGGGUCUGCGGUAUCGUCUGGGCACACAACGCCCCUCAAGGACCAUUAUGAACAUGAAUGAGAUGCAGAUGAAUAUGAAUGGAAACGAUCAUCUGCCAAGUUACUUUAACGCAGCAGACAAAUGGCCAGGGAAAAUCCACGAGCCCUUGGAUCAGGGGAACUGCAAUGCAUCCUGGGCUUUCUCAACUGCAGCUGUUGCAUCAGACCGGAUCUCUAUUCAGUCAAUGGGUCACAUGACCCCUCAGCUCUCACCUCAGAAUCUGAUUUCCUGUGACACACGUAAUCAGGCCGGCUGCUCCGGUGGGCGUAUUGAUGGGGCCUGGUGGUACCUAAGGAGAAGAGGGGUUGUGACAGAGGAGUGUUACCCUUUCUCUUCACCCCAGCAAAGUCCUGCUGAAGUGGCUCGCUGUAUGAUGCAAAGUCGAGCGGUGGGCCGGGGAAAGAGGCAGGCCACAGCGCACUGUCCCAACAGCCACAGCUACCACAAUGAUAUUUACCAGUCAACCCCACCAUACAGAUUGUCCUCUAAUGGGAAUGAGAUUAUGAAAGAGAUUAUGGAUAAUGGCCCCGUGCAAGCCAUCUUGGAGGUCCAUGAGGAUUUCUUUGUGUACAAGAGUGGAAUUUACCGGCAUACAGAUGUCAAUUACCACAAACCGUCACAGUAUCGCAAACAUGCAACACACUCUGUCAGGAUAACAGGAUGGGGAGAGGAAAGAGAUUACAACGGCAGAACACACAAAUACUGGAUUGCAGCCAACUCAUGGGGGAAGAACUGGGGUGAGGAUGGUUACUUCCGGAUUGCUCGUGGUGUAAAUGAGUGCGAGAUCGAAGCGUUUGUGAUCGGCGCGUGGGGCAGGGUCACCAUGGAGGACAUGCACAACCAUCACCACCAUCACGGACGCCGCAAGUAGAGAUCUGCAGUGUACGCCUCACUGUAUGAUUUAAAAGUCAAUCAGGUCUUUUACAGGUUUGUGAGAGUCUGAUUUCCACCAAAUCCCAGUGCCUUCUGAGUAUCUCUUCAUGUCAUAUCCACAAAAAGUGGUGUCCACUGCCCCCCUCUGUCCAAAUACGCGUCUCCACUGGAGUUUUGGUUUGGACGAAUGUAACACUCCAGUUUGUGUAUACAGCCUAUAUCGUCUUAUUGGUGGAAACCGGCUUGUUACACUCCCUGACUGGACCUCAAAUAACAGCUACACCCAGACAGCAACAUAGUAUUGGCCCAGAUCCGGCCCACAUCUGGCCCACAUGAAAUCCAUGUGGGCCAGAUGUGGGCCAGACCUGGGCCGAAAUUGCUUGCUGUCUGGGCAGCCACAGGACUCAGACACACUCAGGACUCAGUACUCCAAAGACACACUUCACAGGCACACAUGCGCUCAGCAUCACAAUGUAAUUGUCUCAAAUGUCUAAUAUAGUCAUAUAUUAGGAUCUGUCUUUUGUUUUGUAUUUUUUUUCCUAUGUUUGGGAAUCGUUACACACCAAGGCAGACAGUCAGACAGCACUCCAUACGUUCUGCUAAAAGGGGAGAGGGUUGGAGGAACACCAGGAUGGCGGAAGAAGGUUUUAGGACCAAUAAUUUAUUCCAAACAUAGGCUAGAUUACAUUUAUGACAGUUCUCUGCAUUCCAUUGAGGUUAAGGUUGUGUAAAAUUGCUUUAAAGCAUUUUAUCCCACUCCAGUCUUUGUUACAAAGUUGGAUUCUGUUUGGUUGGCUGUUAAACAAAUUUAAAGAAUGACUGUAUAGAUGCAGACACUGCUAUUCACUCUCAUUUGAGAAAAAUAUAACAGGAAGCAAACCAAAAUGUUAUUUCAUGCUAUGAGACCAAAUAAAUGGACAUCAGUUACUGCGAUUUUAAAUGACCCUUUAAAAUCUACAUGAAUUUAAAGGCUGGAAGUGGUUUGGUCAACCUGGCGCUUAAAUAGUGGGCUAUACAAAGGCAAAGACAACUGUUAUCGUCAGAACCUUUCUGUUGUAGUGUGUUGGCUAAAUUGUGCUGGAAUAUAUACAUGUAAAUACCACAGUUUCCAUGUAAGAACAAAAUCUGCUUAAGUCUUAAGCUAAUGUACUCUGUGAACUUAUACGAUUGUGAGUGUAAAAAACUAAUUACCAUUACCAUUAGUAUAAAAAAAAUUCUUUGUUAUUCAUUUACAUUAAAAAAAAAAUGAAAUAUGAGGUUUUGAAAGUGGGUCGAAAGUGCGCAUGGUUUGGGGUUCAGUGCUGAAUUACUACUGUCUUGCUAUAUAAAUCAGCAAAACUGCAAUAUUACAAGACAUCAUAGGGCAUUUGCUUCUCAAAUAUCCAUCUACACAUAUAUGGAGAUUAUUGUGCGUUAAUAAGCGUGAGACAGCUAUUGCUGCAAGGGCAUAAAACAUUGCAAACUAUAAUAUUGUGCUUGCACCAGAGCUCCAAGCAAUCCCAUCUGCUGACUAUGAUAAUGAUAAUGUCCUUAUUAUGGUGACAUGACUAAUUCAGAAGCCUUAUGGCAGGCAUUUGAUUCAGCAAUACAGACUCACAGACAGGAAGUCAGGGGUGUUUCAGUAUAAAUUCAGCAACAGAUCCUGUAUUCUGCCCACCAGUCCAUUAGCAUUCGGUGAAAUGUCUUCUCUAUUAGUCAUGCAAGAAGUUUUUAUUGAGAUAAAGCAGUUAUAUGCAGCCAGAUGAGUCUAGCAUAUGGGCUUAUGUUAUAUUCAGUGUCUUAAUAUUGCUAGAUUUUACAUUACGGUUCACUUUAUACACUGAUUUGAGCCCAAGCUGAAUCGUUCUCAUUUAGACAUUCUGCAGUUCUGUAAUGAAUUAAUGUGUUAUUUAAGAACAAAGUCUGUUUGUAAAUCGCUGGUUACUACUGUGCAAUGUUACUGUGCAUGUUGUUCCUCGUAUUGUCUGUGCACAAUGCAAAUCACUGUAGUAUUCACCUGUGUGAUGCAAUAAAAGUCCUACAGCCCA